AUGGUGACUAAUCUCAGGCAGCUGUCCUGCUGUGCUUUGUGUCAGGAGCUCCUGAGGGAUCCAGUCUCCACCAGCUGUGGACACUGGUUCUGCAGACGGUGCAUCACCUCAUACUGGGACCAGUCUGAUCCAUCAGGAGAUCCUGCCUGUCCCCAGUGUGGAGAAAGAUCCAGAACGAGAACUGGACUGCAGACACCCAGUCAAACCAGCCCAGUGGACGGCGGUCUGCAGGAGGUUUUAGACGAGCAUAAGAUCAGUCUGAGGAGGAGAUGUGAAUUUGUGACAGAAGGAACUGCUGCAGCAGGAAGUGGAACCCCCCUCAACAGGAUCUACACUGAGCUCUACAUCACACAGGGAUGGAGGGAAGGGGUUAAUACCCAACAUGAGGUGUGGCAGCUGGAGACAACAUCCAAGAUGGAGACCCUCAGUGACACUCCAAUCAAGUGCCAGGACAUCUUCAAACCCUUACCUGACCAACACACACACAUCAGAGUAGUUGUGACGCAGGGCGUUGCUGGCAUUGGAAAAACCUUCUCAGUGCAGAAGUUCACUCUGGACUGGGCAGAGGGCUUGGAAAACCAACAUGUCAGUCUUGUGGUUCUGCUUUCGUUCCGAGAGCUGAACUUGAUCAAAGAUGAGCGCUACAGUCUUCUCCAGCUGCUCCGUGUUUUCCAUCCAACAUUACAGACGGUCACAGCAGAGCAGCUCGCCGUCUGUAAAGUCGUGUUCAUCUUUGACGGCCUGGAUGAAAGCAGGUUUUUAUUGGAUUUCCAGAACAAUGAGGUCUUGUCUGAUGUCACACAGACAUCAUCAGUAGACGUGCUGUUGACAAACCUCAUCAAGGGGAAUCUGCUUCCCUCGGCUCUCCUCUGGAUAACUUCCAGACCUGCAGCAGCCAAUCAGAUCCCUCCUACAUGUGUUGACAGGGUAACAGAAGUGCGAGGGUUCACUGACCUCCAGAAGGAGGAGUACUUCAGGAGGAGAUCCAGGGAUAAGAAGCUGUGCAGCAGAAUCAUCUCACACAUCAAGGCGUCCAGGAGCCUCCACAUCAUGUGCCACAUCCCAGUCUUCUGCUGGAUCACUGCUACAGUUCUGGAGCACAUGUUGACUACAGACCAGAGAGGAGAGCUGCCCAAGAGCCUGACUGAGAUGUACUCACACUUCCUGCUGGUUCAGACACAGAGGAAGAAGCACAAGUACGAUGAGAGACAUGACAGGAGUCAGCAGGAGCUGAUGAAGACUGACAGGAAAGUUCUUCUGAAGCUGGGCCGGCUGGCGUUUGAACAUCUGGAGAAAGGCAACCUGAUGUUCUACCAAGAAGACCUGGAGGAGUGUGGUCUUGAUGUCAGAGAGGCCUCGGUGUACUCAGGAGUGUUCACAGAGAUCUUCAAAUCAGAGUGUGUGCUCUUCCAGAGAAAAGUCUACUGCUUUGUUCAUCUGAGCAUUCAGGAGUUUCUGGCUGCAGUCUACAUCUUCCACUGCUACACCAACAAGAACACAGAGGUACUGGCCAGAGUCAUGAGGAGUGAAUGUGAUGACAAAAAGCCAUCGUUGGAUAUCUUCCUGGAGACAGUCAUGUCUGAAGCCCUGUGGAGCAAAAAUGGUCACCUGGACCUCUUUGUCCGUUUCCUUCAUGGCCUCUCACUGAAGUCCAACCAGAGGCUCUUAGGAGGCCUGCUGGGGUCCAACCAGAGCAGACCAGAAGACAUCCAGAGAGUCAUCAACAACCUGAAGGGGAUGAACACCGACAGUGUCUCACCUGACAGAAGCAUCAACAUCUUCCACUGUUUGAUGGAGAUGAACGACUUCUCAGUGCAUCGGGACAUCCAAGAGUUCCUGAAGUCAGAGAACAGAUCAGAGAAGAAACUCUCUGAGAUCGACUGCUCAGCUCUGGCCUACAUGCUGCAGAUGUCAGAGGAGGUUCUGGAUGUGUUGGACCUGAAGGCGUACAGAACAUCAGAUGAGGGACGACGGAGACUGAUCCCAGCUGUGAGGGACUGCAGGAAGGCUCGACUUUCUGGCUGUGGACUCUCAGAGACUCACUGUGAAGUUGUGGCCUCGGCUCUGAAGUCCAACCCCCAUCUGACAGAGCUGGACCUGAGUGAGAACUACACGCUGGAGGAUUCAGGAGUGAAGCUGCUGUCUGCUGGACUGGAGAGUCCAAACUGCAGACUGAAGACUCUCAGAUUGAGGUACUGCAGGUUGACAGAGAGCAGCUGUGCUUCUCUGGCCUCGGCUCUGAAGUCCAACCCCCAUCUGACAGAGCUGGACCUGAGUGAGAACCAGCUGCAGGAUUCAGGAGUGGAGCUGCUGUCUGCUGGACUGGAGAGUCCAAACUGCAGACUGGAGACUCUCAGACUGAGGAACUGCAGGUUGACAGAGAGCAGCUGUGCUUCUCUGGCCUCGGCUCUGAAGUCCAACCCCCAUCUGACAGAGCUGGACCUGAGUGAGAACCAGCUGCAGGAUUCAGGAGUGGAGCUGCUGUCUGCUGGACUGGAGAGUCCAAACUGCAGACUGAAGACUCUCAGACUGAGAGACUGCAGCUUGACAGAGAGCAGCUGUGCUUCUCUGGCCUCAGCUCUGAAGUCCAACCCCCAUCUGACAGAGCUGGACCUGAGUGAGAACCAGCUGCAGGAUUCAGGAGUGGAGCUGCUGUCUGCUGGACUGGAGAGUCCAAACUGCAGACUGAAGACU